GGGUGUGGGCAGAGCUAUAGCCGUCGCUUCGCCCCAUUCGCCUCGCGGCUCCGCAAGCGCGAGCUUUUCUAGUCUCGGCGAUACCAGCUCUCUGGCAUAAGCGCUCUCGACGUGGCGGCUUUGGAUCUUCUAGCCAAGCUUCCCAGAGCAGCGACGGAUGACAGACCGCGAGUCCUCGGGCUGCUUUGAAAGAAGUGUUGACAGGAUCGUCGCAGAUGAACUCGACAAACCUGAAGCACUGGCUAAGUCGCGGCGAGCUCGACAAACUCGAGCACGUCGUCCUGGAAGGCAGAGGCGCGCGACUGCUGGCCGAGCAGUCGCCCGACCUCAGGACGAGGGUCUUCCUCAAGGGCUUGCCGAAUUACCUGACCAAGAUCUGCCAGAUCCACGACGCGGUCGUGCGAGGCUCGCUGCCCGAGGCCCAGAGACUCGUCGACGGAGAGCCGAAGAAGAAGCUGCUCGUCGCCAAAGACGCGACUGGCACUCCGCUGAUCCACAAGUCCGUCUACUACGACCACCAGGACAUCCUCGAGUGGAUCGUCGGCAAUUACCCCGGGGCCGUUGAGCAAAGGGACAGGGAGGGUCGGACGGCGCUGCACUACUGCGCGGCCUGCCGCGACCCCGAGGCCGUCUGGGACAUCCUCAUCGAGGCCGGCUGCGACGCGAGCGUCUGCGACAAGAGGGCCAACCCCGCGGCCUACUACCUGCAGCGCGGCUCCGAAAUCGAGCUGCCCGAGCCCGACAGGAUGCCCAGCCGCAGACUCCGCUCCAAGGACCCGUCCAAGUGGUCCGGCAGCCUCGAUUUCAAGCCAUCCAACAUAAGAAUAUGGAUUCACAAUAGAGACAUCGGCAAGCUGCAGCACGUACUAUGGGAGGGUCACGGAUCGAAGCUGCGCUGCGAGACGAGCAACAACGUUCGCGUCAAAAGGUUCCUCGAGGCGGCUCCCUUCAUCAUGGGCACGAUCAAGGACAUCCACAGCGCGAGCGUAAAAAACGACCUGGACGGCUUUAGAAAGAAGCUGGAGGAGCCCGUCUCGCCGAUUAUUUUAUGCAGCAAGGACAGCAACGGCCUGAACGUGCUGCACAAGGCCGCCGGUCUGGGCUACGUCGAGCUGGCGAGGGACAUCCUGGACAGAUACCCGGCAAUCGUGAACGCCCAGGACAACGAGAACCGCGCGCCCCUGCACUACGCGGCCGUCUGCAGGGACGGCGGGGCCAUGUACGACCUGCUGGUGGAGUACGGGGCCGACGAGAGUAAAAUCGACAACCGCCAGAAGACGGCCGCGUUCUACAAGAACAGGCCGGCCGACCUCGACCUGACCAGUCUGGUGAUGGUGCCGGACGCGCCGCGCGUCUCCGGGACGAGCUACCCCCGGCACUGGGACUGGCGAAUCAUCGAGACGGACCAGCCGCUCACGCGAAUGAGGCGAACCGGCAACAACGCCGACGACGACAGCGCCUUCGGCAGCGCAGAGUCGGCCAAGCUGAGCAACGCGGACGUCGCCAGCCCGGAGAUCGAGAACGCCGAAGGCGAGCUGAACGGCAACGAGGCCGCAGAGGAGGAAGAAGCCCCCGCGGGGGACGAGCCUGCCGAGCCUGCCGAGAAAGACGGCGAGGAAGAAUCUGCGGAACACGAAGACGAGCCCAAGCCGGACGGGAACGAUAACCCGGAGAUAAAAGUGACCGAGGCCGCCGACGACGACAACAACAACGACGACGAGGCAGAAGAGGGGCAGGCGGAGGAGGAGCAGCAGCAACCCGUGGAAGGAGAAGAAGCCGUGCCGGAAGCGGGGGCGGUGGAGGAAGAGCCAGCGCCGAGCGACGAGGCGGUUCCCACCGAGGAAGAGGAGGCUCCGGAGAAAGAGCCCGAGGAAGAGGGGGAUGGGGACGAAGAGGAAGAGGAGGAUAAGGCCGAGCCCAGCACCGCGGACUCUGGCUUGGUCGGCACGCCGAACGACGACGAGGAGCAGAUUAACGGCGAGGAGGAGGAGGAGGAGGAGGAGGAGGAAGCGGAGCCCGAGGCCCGCGGAGAAGAGGCGCCGGUCGAGGGGCACGAGCCUGGCAUGGCCGUGGACGAGGAGACGGCCGAGCUCGUGGAGAACGGGAGCAUGGAACAGUUGGCAGCGCUCGUGUUGACGGGCGAGGGGCACCGGCUCGUCGGCCGGCACUCGAGCAACCCCGAGUUGCAGGCCUUCAUCGACAAUGUUCCCGCUUACAUGGCGAAAAUACGCGCAGUGCACAAGGCCGCGAGGGAGGGCAACCUCAAGGAGCUGCAGAUAUCCCUGGACAGGCGCAAGUUCGCCGUCGCGAAGGACCCGUCCUCGCCGCACGGAGCCACGCCCCUGCACGUGGCCGUCAUCUUCGGACACACGCCGGUCGUCAGGUACUUGGCGGGCAGGUUCCCGGAAACGGCGCACGCCCUCGAUCUGGACGGCCGGACGCCGCUGCACUACGCGGCCACGCUGGCCGACAACGGCCACUACUACAAUCUUCUGCUGCAUCUCGGCGCCAACCCCCUCGUGCAGGAUAACUUCGGCCAGAAGGCAGACUACUACAAGCAGAACCAGGACGACCUGUCGCACAAGCAGCUGCUGCGCGACUUUGGCGCGCCGGAUUCGCUCGCCGACGAGAUGCUCGUCGACAAAGUGCCCGGCGGCGACAAGACGUCCGCCCGCCGAGACGUGGCCGAGCCGGAGACCCUGGCGACGCUGGAGCGCUGCUUCAGACUGCUGACCAGCGGCGUCGGAGCAGGGACCGGCAGGAGGAGUUCCGUUCCCGCGACCCCGAGCAGCCAGCAGCGGCAGCAGCAGCAGCAGCAGCAGCAGCACCAGCAAGCCGUCGGCAGCGGAUCGCAGACGGCCGAUCUCAACAUUUUUCAAGACGAAGAGGGACGGUACUUGGCGUCGUCACUAGGCGAUCCACUGAUAAGAGGCUUGACAGAAGUAGCAACUACUCGGCCAAAAGAUCCCGUAACGUAUCUCGCUACGUAUCUAUACAAUUUUGCCAACCAAGACAAGCCGGAAGAGAAGUCCGAAGAUUCGAAUAUUUUGAUCAUACCCGAGGGGGAAGAGACUGAACAAGAAGGCAACUCAGAAGAAACUCAAGAGAAUGAAACAGAGAAUGAGAUUGAGAAUGACAAUGACAACGAUGACGGAUAUCCUCAAAGUCCGGACUUGGACACCCCCGAGUCACUUUUCGCAUCGACAGAACGGGACGAGAACGGCCAAAGCUCGUUACACUUUGCAGCAAACCGCUCGCACGCUAAAGACGGUUUGUACCACCUCCUGCAAGAGCGGCAGAUCAACAUCGCGUUCAGAGACUCCCGAUACCGGACAGGCCGAGACGUGGCCGAGCUGUCUGGCAACCCCGAGAACGUCCAGGAAAUCGAUCGUUUUGUUGUCUAUCUCGCGGCUCGCGGUGAAACUGACAAACUGGUAGAAUUACUGAUGGAGGGCUAUGAUCACAUACUCGACACGGAGGACGACGGCAAAAACGUACUUCAGAUUGCCGAGGAGGAAGAUAACAAAUCCACUGUUGAGUUUCUCAAAUCCAUAAAAAAUUACACCGAGCUUAGAGACGAGAUUCAUCGCGCCAUAAGAGCAGGCGAGUCCCUGAAAGUGCGCGAGCUUCUCGAGGUAAACGGCGAAGGUGCGAGACUUUUGGCGCUGGGAAAAAAUUCAACCGGGCGCUGCUCGCUGCACAUUGCGGUGCUGCGCGAGCACGAGGACGUCGUGCGUUACAUUGCCAAAACUCAUCCCGAGACGCUGAGGGUUGGCGAUAACCUGGAAAGGACCGCUUUGCAUUAUGCAAUGGGAGUGCCUUCAGUGGAAAACAUGAGCAGCAUUCUAAUAAAGGCAGGGGCCAAACGAGUGCAAAAAGAUUUGAGAUCGCGACAGCCGUCUUACUAUUUUAUGAACAAAACCGACAUCAAGCAACUUCAGGACGAAGAAGAAUCGAUGAACAGGUGAAACGACGAGGAUAACAUGCAUAACAUUACGAGCAGUUUAUAUGAAUAAAUGCAAUAUUUAUGUAAAUACGCACGUCUCAUCAACGUCGUCUCAAAAAAUAAAAUAAUAAAAACAUGUAUCUUA